AUGAAUGGUGAUGAAGACGGAGAGAUCCGAGAAAAAGUGGAGAAAUACACACGGAUGUUAAGCUGUGAUAAUAAAAUUGGCCAUGCUUUGAGACGCUUAGCAAACAUUAAUAUGACAUUGGAGCUAUUAUCGGAGACAGGAGUGGGAAAAGCAGUAAAUCAAUUGAGAAGUCACGAGCAGUAUGGCACGAAAGCAUUGCAAAUCGUCGAAAAAUGGAAAGAUAUAGCACGGAGUUGUGGCUUGAAACAACGGAAGAAACGAUUUCUUUCACCGUGUUCAGAAGGAGAAAAUCCUCCAAAAAAGUCGAAGAAAAGAAAUCGGAGAAAGGAAAAAGAAAACAAGGGUGAGCAAGAACCAGAUGAUUGUGCUGAUGAAGUUCACUGUAAUAAAACUAGGCCAUCAAGUAAUGGACUAAAAAAUGCUUGUUCGGGGUUGAGCUUUGCAGACAUGUUAGCUCGGGCUGAUAACGUUAGACCUCCUAAACUCAAGAAAGUGAGAACUGAUUGUAAUGAUUGGAAGUCAUCGAAAGUGAAUGUGAACUAUAAACCAUCCAAAAUAUUAAAUUUUGAACCCGUGCUGAAAAAACACAAUUCUGACAUGUCCAAGACAUCUGUGUUGGAUGCGUUAAUGUUUAAACCACGUAAAUCAGUGUGUAAAAUCUAUGCGGGACGCCUGAGAAAUGAUACUGCUAAGGUGGUGCCAACGUUGCAGAAUUUAUGUAUUAAAAUAUUAAUUGCUAACAUUAAUUCAAUUGAAGAAGUUGGCGACACGCCAUAUUUUCUGCUGAAACCAGUGCUUGAGAAAUGUUCCUUGAAUCAGUUAUGUUUGAUUGAAAGGCGAAAUCCGCAACUAAUGGAAGAUAGUGAUGAGUUGUGGGAGCGGAUUGUAAAUCGUGCUUUUCCAAAAUGUGAAACAACAGCUGACGAAACAUGGCGAGAAUGUUAUUAUCGCUUAUGUGAAGAAAAUGAACGUAAACUGAAGUUGCUUUCAACAAAAAUAACUCAGCAUAAUCGAGAAGCAACAGCACCGGUGAAAACUGCGCUGCUUGCGGAUGCAAAGGCCCCACGUGAUGUCCGUCGUCGGCAAAUACGCUAUGGCACUCAGCAUGCUAGCCAUCCGUUACCAUCUGCUAAUGAGAUUUCAAAAGCACGCAAGGAAAUUUUUGAUAAAGGAAACAAAGAAGCCUUGACAAAUCUACCACAAGCAAUUAGAAACACCAGUUCUUCGUUAGGUUCGCACUCAGAAAAGAAGAAAAUGAUACCGAAAAAAGGAGCGUUGAUGAUAAAAACGCUAAGAAUGCUCAAUGUAAGGCGCAGAAAAUAG